GUGAUGCGAUUUCGCUUGCGUAUUUUGCACCGGGUAAUGAAAUUAGUCAAUUAAAAUCAUAGCCGGUAGCUACUUUAAAUUAUGUUUUAAAAACAUAAUGUAUUGAUCUUACUUACCUUUGAGUUCAAAUAAAAAUCGCACUUGCGUUCUGAAAAUGGAGUACCAUUUUAACGAUCUGUGUAUGCCAGCCGAUCAUCUUUUAACAGAUCCAUACGCAGCAGAAUACACUCCGCAGUACAUGAUGCCGUCACAGGAAGGCGAGUACGAAGUGCGGAGCACUAUACUGGUGGACGGUGGAGAUAGGUUUGGUGUUUCCGCUGUGCAGUUUGAUAAGUUUGAAGAGCUAAUCUGGAUGGGGAAUCAAGGGGGCCACGUGACUUCCUACUACGGCCCAGCCAUGCAGAAGUACACGUCCUUCCAAGUCCAUGAGUCGGAAGAAGUGAGAGACAUACUGACAAUGGAGAAUGGUAUUUAUGCUCUGACGAAAACGUCGCUGCGCCAUCAGAUACGGAGAGGCAUUCCGAAACAUACUCACAGAUCGCGCAACAUGACGGACAUGCAAUGCCUGUACCAAGUGAAUUCUACCAAGCUAAUGAUGGGCGGACACCAGGACAAGUUGAUAGAUCUGGACCUUACCAAGCUGGUGGAAACUGUUAUUCCAAUCCCAGAAGAAGGCUGCGCUGUACUCCGCGGCGGCGGGAGCUCCCUAGUCGCCUGCGGCAGCGCCAGCGGCUCGGUGAGCCUCCGCGACCUGCGGAGCCCUACGACAGCGCAGCACACGUUCCGGGCGCACUCCGCCUGCCUCUCCGACCUGGACAUGCAGGGCGACCUGCUCAUCACGUGCGGGUUCCAGUCAGUAAACGGCGUAGCGGUGGCGGAGCCCUACGUGAUAGUGUGGGACGUGCGGCGCCUGCGCGGCGGCGCGGCCGCGUCGGCGGCGUGGUCGUGCGCCACCGCCGCGCCGCCGCUGCUGCUGCACUACCUGCCCGCCUUCUCCGGCCGCGCCGUGGCCCUGUCCGGGGACGGACACGUCACGCUGCUGCACGUCAACGCUAAUGACGACAACCACUCCGUCUUCCAAGUGGACACCCAAUCCUCCCUCUGCAGUGUGAUGGACGUGUCAGCCACAAGCCAAGCUCUAGUCUUCGGCGACCAGGCAGGACAUCUUCAUCUGUUCUCCCCUCAGCACAACCAUGAGCCUGUAUUCAACAAUUUCUCCAGAGCCACGGAGUUUGCCGACGCCCCUCCAAACUUGCCGUUUGCGGGUCCAACUGACUCCACGUUUCAGUUCUCGUCCGUGCCGCUCCCCGCGCUAGCCGCCGGCCCCAGAUGGUUCAACGAACUACCCCCUGCCUUCUUUAGGAAGGGAUACAGGAAACCCAAGCCGAUAGACGCAGAGGUUCUAAACACCAUGAAAAUGCAGGGUCCGAUUGGCUACGCCCCUAACCCUAGGACUUUUAAAAGAAAUCAGAUGCCCUACAUAGAAGACAGUCUAGAAGACCUGUUCACUGCCAAAGUGAUAGAAAACAAAUUCACGAACCAACCAGUGCCCAAGCACUAUCAAAAGACUGAUGGUCGUUACAACAAGCAAGACAGUGAAACUAGCAAGCCGGGCCUGCCUGGAUUGGAGGCCAUUUUACCCAAUUCGUACUGCAACUCUAUGCUUCAGGUUCUGUACUAUACUCCAGCUGUAAAGGCAACGUUGCUGGCUCAUACUUGCGCUAAAGAGUUCUGUCUCAGCUGCGAAUUAGGCUUCCUAUUCCGAAUGCUUGACUCAUCGGGCGGCGCAGCGUGCCAGGCCUCUAAUUUUCUGCGGGCCUUCCGCACCGUACCCGAGGCCGCGGCUUUAGGCCUCAUCCUGCCCGACAGACAGGACUCUCAGGAUCUGCAGGCUUUAAUACAGAGUUGGAACCGUUUCAUACUACACCAAAUGCACUACGAAAUCCUGGAAACACGAAAGAAAGAAAAGGAGAUGGCUAUACUUACCAACAGUUCCCCCCCCAAAACGAGGGGUAGCGUGCCAGCUCCCAUCGUAGCACCCGCCACACAGGUGAAUGGAUAUCCGGAAGAAUAUCAGUACGCAGAGCUAGAAUUCCUAGGACCCAGCACAGAGUUCGAAGAUGGCGAACCGAGAGAAGACGGCUGGCAUAACCUGAGUCAGGAAGAAGGUAUACUCAAGGAUGAGCUCCCGAACCAGCAAGUGGACAGAGAAGAGUCGGACAUAUCGCAACUGUUCGCUAUCGGCCGACACCAGCUCAACCGGUGCUUGAAGUGCAAUAAAGAGGAGGAGCGUGCCUCCGUGGUGCUGGCGUGCGCGCUGCAGUACCCGAUGGGCGCGACGCCGGCGCGCGGGGCGGGGGCGGGGGCGGGGGCGGGGGUGGCGGAGCUGGUGCGCGCGUCGCUGGCGCCGCGCCGCGCCACGCCCGCCUGGUGCGACCACUGCAAGCGGUUCACGCCCACGCAGCAGCAGGGCCGGGUCAUACGACUACCGCCGAUAUUGGCAAUAAACUGUGGGGGUGUCACUGCUCACGAGAAAGCCUACUGGGCCAAAGGCACACCGAAAGAGACGCCGGACUCGACGAAACGUGGUAGCAGCAGUAAGCCGUGCCGCUACGGCAUGCAUUGUGCGAGGCCGGGCUGUCGGUUCAAACACCCUGACAGACCGAGCCCGUCCCAAGGUUCGUCCAAGAGCCCCGACUCCCACUGCGUGUUGCCGCACCAGCUACUGGUCAGGUUGCAGUCGGAUGGUGACGUCAUUAUCAACGAUAAGAACGACGCAUCGAACGACAACCGUGACAAACACAAGAAGAAACAAGUGACAACGAUUUCAGAAGAAGAAUACAACUUGUCAGCUGCCGUUAUAUGCGUUGAGGACAACCCUAAGAAUCUGGUCGCUUACGUACAGAUAGGCGAAGAGUGGCACAUGUUCAACGACGUUAGCAUAACCCCGGUGUCGGCGUCCGAAGUGGUCCAGUUCAGCGCGUGGUGGAAAACGCCCUGCGUGCUCUUCUACUCGUCGGCGAGCCUCAAGCAGGAGGAGUCAUAGCCGGCCGAGUAUGGACCUUAUAGCGACGAGGCUAUAGGUCCAUACAACAUGAAUGAAAUGUUCUACCAAGUCAUCGCCGAAGGACGUUACAGUAUGUACAACGAGUCGUAGCGGAUAAUGAAUCCUAAUGCAACCGGGUAAGGAGCAUGUUUGAACAAAAUCGAGUGAAACGUUUAAAUUAUGAAGAAAAUUUAGAUUAAGUCGAAAUUAUUUUAGUGUGAUCGUGGUUAAGAUGAAUUUUUUGUUUC